UAGAGAGCCCGUGUAAAUCACUUAUAAUUUUUUUCAAAAAUUUUAUAAAAACUUAAUUAAAAUCGUAAUUAUAAUAAAAUUGUUUUUUUUUUUAUUGCGCAAGUGUUACCAUUUUAAAGUUAAAAAAAGAAAUAGUUAAUCAUUCGGUUUUUGAAAAAUGAGUGACUUAACUUUUUAUUUUGUAACGAAUGUUUUUUAUUUUCGCAAAUAAUUACCUAGGUGUUUUCUUAAACAUUUUUUUUUAUUGGUAAUAAGUUGGUUUUUUUUUUGGCAAAAUGACUGUGUCGCUAGAUAAGGUGCCCUUUGAGGAUGCCCUCAACAUGACAGGGUUUGGUAGAUUCAACUACGGAAUCUUCCUGCUAGUUGGUAGCAUCAUCACGGGUAUGGGGUUUGAGAUCUUCUCUGUGGCGUACUUGGUGCCGGCCAGUGCUUGUGAGCUGAACACCACCAGUUUCCAUCAAGGGUUGAUGGCGGCAACCCCUCUUGUUGGUAUCAUAGCCACAUCCCACAUCUGGGGUUACUUAGCUGACACUCGUGGGAGAAAGAAGAUACUACGUUACUCUAUGAUGUUGGGUUUCUGCGCCGGCGCCGCGGCUACCUUGUCCCCCAAUUGGAUAGUAUUUAGUGUACUUAAACUGAUGUCUUCUAGUGCGGUCGCUGGAUCUUACGCUUUGUCAAUCACUCUGCUAAGCGAAUGCACGCCAAUGUCUCGCAGAAAUACAGUCAUCAUACUCACCGGUACUGUCUUCAUGGCCUGCCAGGGGAUAAUGGCUGCCCUCUCCAUCCCUGUUCUUCCCCUAACCUUCUCCUUCUACAUCCCUUACCUGGACAUCCACUUCAACUCCUGGAGGCUUCUCAACCUGAUCUUCAGCUGUCCCUGUGCCAUCAGCGCCUUCGGUCUUCUGUUUGCGUACGAGAGUCCAAAAUAUCUGCUAAGUUCUGGAGAUCAUGACCAGGCAAUGGAUAUAUUGAAACGCGUGUUUGUGGUCAAUACUGGGAAAGAUAAGGAUUUGUACAUGGUGAAGUCUGUAGUCCUAGAUGAAGACAAUGGCUCUAAGAAGACCACCGGUUUCUGGUCGUCAAUAGUAGUCCAGACGACGCCAUUGUUAAAACCUCCCUUGCUGUGGAACACUUUACUUAUAUCUGUGAUAUUCGUUAUAGUUUACAUUUGCUUCAACCCCUACAUGGUGUGGCUACCAUUCAUGGCCGAUGGAUUCAUGAGGGCUGUGGAAGGUGGAGCCCAAGACAUGACCAUAUGUGACAUGAUCAGAUCCUCACAAAAUGCCACCAACAAUAGUCAGACAGAGAACACUUGCGCACUGAACCAGAUAGCUAUGUUGAUGGUGUUCGGCAUCGGGAUACUGUUAGCGGUGUUGAACACGGUUUUGGGAACUCUAGUCAACUAUCUUGGAAGGAAAAACCUAUUGAUUGGUAUACAGAUCGUUUCAGGCAUAGCAGGUCUGUGUAUAAACUCCAGUACUUAUUGGAUCUUGAGUGCGGUUCUCUUCAUCAUUUACGUGGCUGGAGUCCUCAACUUUGGUUAUUUGUCUUCCUUCAGCGUUGAUGUCUUCCCUACUUAUGUCAAAGCUAUGGCCGUGUGCUUAACUUUGAUGGUGGGUCGUGGCAGUGCGGUGGUUGGCAUCAAUUUGCUCAAAGACCUUCUGGACACCAAUUGCGAAGCUUCCUUCUAUAUCUUCGCUAGUGUGACAAUUGUGGGAGGAAUGAUUGGAUUGCUUCUACCUUCAGAUAAAGCUUUGGCUAAACAGAAAUGUCCUGAGACUUGAACGAAGAACCUCCUAAAUGGGAGAACCUAUCUACCUGAUAAAUGAAGGCAGUACAACGUAUCUGUGAUUUUGAUAUUGUAAACCAAAUCACUAGUUAUUAAAAUAAAUACCUACUAUUUUAUUAAUUUAAGCCCAUUACGUUUUGAUAUGAGGACGAAUAAGAUUGUGAAUAAGAUCUUUAAGUAACUUUUAAGUUUUAUCUUUCUAUUCUUUUGAACUAUAACUAAAUCAUCAUAACAAAGUAUUAUGCCUACAUCUAAUGGUUGCAUUAUUGUAAUCAAAUUAAAGUUUAAUAAAUUA